ACCACGGCCGCAUGACCCACUUGUCAAACUGUGUAUGUGUGUGUGGGUCAGUUCAUAGUGUCAGCGCUUUAAGGAAAAGCACGAAGGGCAUUUCUUUGGACUAGAAUAAGGAAAGGAAACUUCUCCAAACUGGGUUAACUGUUCUUUCAAUAGAGAUACAGAGGCAGGAUGGGCUGUCUGAAAUCAACGCUCAGUGGAGGUAUGGCGAGUGGUAUGGACGGGAAAAUCAAACAGUCAGCUGCACAAUCUGAUCCAUCGCGUUAUGUCAGGGAUCCCACCUUCAACACACGAGACAACAAGGGUAAUACCCUGUUACCUGGUCAAAGGUUCCAGAUGAACGAGAAAGAAGGAGCUGGUAAAGUGGUGGUCGCCCUUUAUCCUUAUGAAGCUUUGCAUAGCAAUGACUUAGGAUUCAAGAAAGGAGAAAAGAUGAAAAUCCUGGAAGAACUUGGAGAUUGGUGGAAAGCAAAGUCUCUAACAACCGGCAAACAAGGGUUCAUCCCGUCCAAUUAUGUGGCUCAAGUUGACACCAUGGAAACAGAAGAGUGGUUUUUCAAAGACAUUACGAGGAAGGAUGCAGAGAGGCAGCUGUUGGCACCAGCAAACAGAGCAGGCUCUUAUCUAAUCAGGGAAAGCGAAACAUCAAAAGGGAAUUUCUCUCUGUCUAUAAGAGAUGUUGAUGUCCAGGGAAUGGAAUCAGUAAAGCAUUAUAAAAUUAGGAAGCUGGAUAAUGGCGGCUUUUACAUCUCUCCCAAAAUUUCCUUCCCUGACAUCGGCAGCAUGAUCAAACAUUACCACAACAAGGCAGACGGUCUUUGUCGUAAACUUGAGCGUCCUUGUGUAAAACCCAAAGCCCAGAGGCCGUGGGACAAGGAUGCCUGGGAGAUUUCCAAAGAAUCCAUAAAGAUGGUGAAGAAACUGGGAGCGGGACAGUUUGGAGAAGUCUGGAUGGCUUACUACAACAACACAACCAAAGUGGCGGUUAAGACGCUGAAACCUGGCACUAUGACACCGGAGGCUUUUUUGGAAGAAGCCAAUAUCAUGAAGACGCUCCAACAUGAAAGACUGGUUCGGCUUUAUGCCGUCAUAACCAAGACAGAACCGAUCUACAUCAUCACUGAAUAUAUGGCAAAUGGAAGUCUUCUAGACUUUUUAAAGACUGACACGGGAAACAAACAACCACUACCGAAACUCAUUGAUUUCUCUGCACAGAUAGCAGAGGGAAUGGCAUUCAUAGAGAAAAAAAAUUACAUUCAUAGAGACCUGAGGGCUGCUAACGUCCUCGUGUCUGAGAGCCUGCUUUGCAAAAUAGCCGAUUUCGGCUUGGCAAGAGUCAUAGAGGACAACGAGUACUCUGCAAGGGAAGGUGCCAAAUUCCCAAUAAAGUGGACCUCUCCAGAGGCCAUUAACUACGGCUGCUUCACCAUCAAAUCAGACAUGUGGUCUUUCGGGGUGCUUCUCUAUGAGAUCAUCACAUAUGGAAAAAUCCCUUAUCCAGGUAUGACUAAGGGGGAGGUGAUGUCAUCCAUUCAACGUGGCUACAGGAUGCCCCAGCCUCCAAACUGUCCCCCUGAGCUGUAUGACAUCAUGAUGUCCUGCUGGAGGGACAAGCCUGAAGACAGACCCACCUUUGACUACUUGCAGAGCGUCCUGGACGACUUCUACACCGCAACAGAGGGACAGUACCAACAUCAGCCGUAGCGCUACCAGCCCUGUUUGGGUUUCCCAUAAAAAGACUUACAGACAUUUCACAUCCACAUCACAUUGUGUUUUAUUUACUUUUAUGCAAAUCUCUUGUACAUAUAUCUCACAUUCUGAUGUAUGUGGAAUUUUUGUUUAUUUCUACUACAAUUAUGAAUUGCAUUUUUGAGCUUCACAUUCAGCCUCUGAAUAUGAAGGCUGUUAUAUUUAGUAUAUUGUGAACAAUAUCGAAUCGGAAGUUGUAAAAAAUAAUUAUUUGCAAUCACGCUCUUUUUGAGCACUAUGGUCUCUCUGGGACUAGAUAUAUUAAUACUAUUUCCGGAUA